CAGGAAAAAUAGCAGAGUUAGUAAAAGAUAACAGGCGAAAUGAUAUUAUUUUUUUCUCGGAAAUGACCUUUCAAUGGCAUGUUAUGGAAUAAAGGAAUUUUAAUUUUGAAAAAUUGAAGUAAACUAGUUAAUUUUUCACAACUCCUUCGUACGUGUGAGUUAUAGAAGGGCAUUGCAUAAAUGCCUAACUUAUUCCGUCUCUCGCUCUCUUUCUUUUUAAAUCACAAAUUGAAUUCCCACCAAGUUUCUUCGCCACGCUUUAUCAUCAUCAAUUUUCUCCAACACUUGGCACCAAAACCCUAUUCUUUCUCAAUCGCCGAUGCCAUGCCGCCGUCGGGAGAGGGAGCCGCCGCAUCCUGUCGCUUUUGCUCGUGCUUCGCCGUCGAGAAUGGCGGUUCUCACGACCGUGAUAUUAACGGAUCCGGAGAUCGAGGCUGCAUGCAUUGCAAAAGGUCCGAUCCUUCUUCUUCAACUUCUUGUGACUCAUGCUUAUCGCUCUGGCUUGACCUUGUUUCCUUUAAGGACUCGGAUAAUCUUCGAAGAAUCAUCACUGCCUCGGUUAAAGGUUUCUCAAUUGGAGCUGGUCUCAAAGGAGGAUUAGCUCUCUUCUCCAUUCUUGCUCGGCUUAGACGCACUCGAUUAUCGUCCCCUGUUAGGAAAAUUGAGGUCUUUACAAAUAAGGAAGCAAUUACACUAGCUAUAAAAGAGACACUUAGAUACGGUCUUUUUCUUGGAACAUUUGCUGGCACAUUUGUUUCAGUGGAUGAGAUUAUCUGUGCUGUGGGGGGUCAUCGUAGGACGGCGAAAUGGAGGGCUCUAUUUGCUGGAUUGAUAGCAGGGCCUUCGAUGCUGCUCACUGGUCCAAAUACUCAGCAUACAAGCUUGGCAAUAUACAUACUGAUGCGUGCUGCAGUGUUGGCGUCACGAUGUGGAAUUAAGAGUGAACGCUUUGGGAGAUUUUGUAAACCUCUUACUUGGAAGCAUGGUGACAUCUUCCUUAUGUGCCUCUCUUCUUCACAAAUUUUGUCUGCUUACAUAUUGAAGCAAGAUAGUUUGGCUCCAUCUUAUAGGUCCUUUCUGAAUAAACAUGGUGGGAAGGAUAUCGUCAUUUUGCAAGGAGUGAAAGAUAUUGCAUGUGGCUUGCCUUUCUCUAAUUUGGAGGCAAUAGAGAAAUAUUACAAGGCCACUGGUGUUGACAUUAAACUAGAUCCAGCAAUGAAAGUCCCCUGCUCAAUCAUUCAUGCCAAUCAGGCUUGCUUUGAACAUGUUUUGUCUUUUCUUAUUCAAGCUUACAAAAGAGCCUUCCCAGUAUACCUUCCAGUUUAUUUAAUUCCUGCACUGAUAGUUCAUCGCCAAGGGCUAUUGAAAAGGCCUAACACUAUAUUGGGGAAGAGUCUUCUCGGUACUGCAAGAUCAAGCUUAUUUUUGUCUGCAUAUUGCACAUCUGCCUGGAUGUGGACAUGCCUACUUUUUAGGAUUUUCAGGAAAUGCAACAUUCCUAUGGUGGCAAUGGGAACGUUUCCUACCGGCUUGAGCUUGGCUAUUGAGAAAAAAAGCAGACGGAUUGAGAUCUCUCUCUACUGCCUUGCUCGGGCUAUUGAGAGCUUCUUUUCAUGCAUGGUUGACAUUGGAUAUUUGCCAGAGUCAAAGAGGUUUAAAAGAGCCGAUGUGGUGAUUUUCAGCUUAUCCACAGCUAUCAUAAUGCACUGCUAUGCACAGGAGAGAGACGUUUUUAAAUCCAAGUAUUUGAAUGUUCUCGAUUGGGUGUUUGGUGUGCCUCCUCACCUUGUGAAGCCCCACUCUGCUAAUAUAGUCAAAGAAACAAGCUCAGAAGAGAUUAUGUAGUGUGCUUAUGAACUUCUCAUCUCCCAAGUAUUCAAAUGAUGUGUCAUCAUAUAAUUGAAUAUUAUUUUAUUUUUAAUUCAAAAUCAUUCAAUCACAUGAUAACAUAUUAAGAUUAUGUAUGUUGUUUAAUUUUUAGAGAAAUCAUUAAGAUGCUUGUUAUGUGGGGAGGCAUACUUAAUGCCUGUUGGCCGAUUGAUGAUGCUUAGAUAUUGCAAAACUUUUGCUGUAUAGAAUUAGCCAAGUCUAGCUUUUGUCAUUGGAUUGCCGCAAAUGAAUAUAGUCAAUUGUUAAGAAUAAAUGGCAACCAAAAUGGGGCAAAAUUUCAGAA